AUCAGAGUACGUGUUGUUAAAUUUCAAAUAGACCCUGAAGGCAGCACUGCACGGUGGCUCCCAUGCAUGCUAUCAACACAUUGCAUGCUGCUGACUGCUAGCAUAUUCACAACAUGACAGUAUGCUGGCUAUUUCUGUAGGUUAGCAUCCUGCAAUGAGGCCAACAUAACAAUUUACUUUCGUGUAAUAUUAUUAAUGUAGUAGAAGCAGCCAAAAUGGUGAAGGAGCAGUUCAGAGAGACAGAUGUGGCCAAAAAAAUUUGAGUAUGACCGAGGGAGGACUCCUGUUAGCCUGGUUAGCUCGCCGGUUAGCCACACAAGUUGUUUAGGUCGUUAAUAUAAGAAUAGUUCUGAAUUGCCGGAUAAUUUAGUCGUACUUACAUAAUGUAACUGUGGAAUAGAGUUGAAAGCCUUGAUGGACGCAUUUAAAAAGUGUGAUGAAUGAGUAAAUAUGCUUCAUUGAAUCUGCAUAUUGGCAACUAAGUUUUCACGUAAACGCUAGUGUCACCCUGUAAGCAUGCGUCACCCAAUAGUUCAAAGCCACAUCUGCUUCGGCAUGAAAUCUGCUGAGCAGAUGCGGCAGCAGGCCCACAUCCAGGUGGUCAGUAAAAAUCUCUACAGCCAGGACACCAAACACACUCCACUGGCCUAUGGAGUGUUGGACCACCGUAUGGGCACCAGUGAGAAAGACAGACCGUGCCUGACAUGUGGGAAGAAUCUGGCAGAUUGUUUAGGACAUUAUGGCUACCUGGAUCUUGAGCUGCCCUGUUUUCAUGUUGGUUAUUUCAAAGCCACGAUAGGAAUCUUACAGAUGAUUUGUAAGACAUGUUCAAGGAUAAUGCUGACGAAAGAAGAGAAGCUGCAGUUCAUGGAUUACUUGAAACGGCCUAACCUGGCCUAUCUCCAGAAACGUGGGCUGAAGAAGAAAAUCUCUGAUAAAUGCCGCAAAAGGACAGUCUGUCUAAAUUGUUCUGCUUUCAAUGGACCAGUCAAAAAGUGUGGCCUACUUAAGAUCAUCCAUGAGAAGUAUAAAAAAGAAAACCUGAAUCCUCUGGUCGUGCUGAACCUGUUCAGGAGGAUUCCUGAAGAGGACAUCCCUCUGCUGCUGAUGAACCCCGAAGCAGGGAAACCCGCAGAUCUUAUCAUCACCCGUCUCCUCGUGCCUCCUCUUUGCAUCCGACCGUCUGUUGUCAGCGACCUUAAGUCUGGCACCAAUGAAGACGACCUCACUAUGAAGCUAACAGAGAUAAUCUUCCUUAAUGAUGUCAUUAAAAGAGUGAGAAUUCCCCUCAUCCAUAGGGCACAAGGGUCACUGAAGAAUAUGAAAAUGGUGUGAAUCACACGUGUGCAGUCACAACAUUUCAAUCCAAAUGAUGUAAAAUUGCAGAGACCCUCCUGGAUACGUCAGAGCCACUGCAAAAAGAUUGAGGUCCCGGGAAGCCCCGACACCAAGGAGGAAGCACAUUAGGGAAGUCUCACCUACGCUUGGUUGCUUCGGGGGUGAGGGGGGGAAGUGCUGAUUGGGCCCCCGUCGGGUAAGCCCGCACUCCAAUCUCCAUCCGAUCAACUUUAGGGCAGCCAGGUGCAGGUGUGAUGGACCUAUGUGCAACCAUGGGAAGGGGAACCCUCCUGGUUACCUUGACUACAAAGCUCACCCUUACAGGACCUCUGCUGAUGCCAACAGCAGCUGAGCCACGAGGCAGACAGAGAAGAUGGACGCACGACAACCUCCACCUAAUGGACAUGACACGAGACUACAUCCAUCCUUGGAUGAAAAUGCCUGUUACAGAUACGUGUUUAACAGGACCACAGAGAAAGACUGUUACGUUUGCUCGCACAUGCCGAGCGUAUUAACACAACCAUUUAUGGGAAACACCCUGGAACAGGUGCACUAAUUCUGAUCUCCGACCACACCUUCAGAAUGACUUUUGUAAAGUGCACAACAACAACAUCAACAUCCUCAUCCAGGAAGAAACGCUCAACUUUAACAGGUUUUAAAGAGACUGUUGAUCGGCGUUGGAGUAUCCCUGGUUUUAUUUUGUUUUCUUUAUUUGAGUUAUUCCUUGUUUAAAAGCUGUAAUUUCACAGAUGAUAAGUUUGUCACUCACAGCAUACGCAGAUGUACCAAAAACCGAUGAAGAUCAUGAAGAUGAAGUGUAACUAAUGAUGUAGUAACUGAAAAUGUGAAAGACAAGUAGUUACUUACUGAUAACAUGUACAUUUCAUUUCUCUGAUAAACAGGAGGGAAUGUUAAAAGAAAAUUGUACAUAAUGUGAUCAGCCACAUGAAAUGUGCUCUUUUUGUAUCACUAAGCAAACCACAUGUCUAUGUGACUUUUCACCUAAUAACUCUUGUGAUGAUGAACUUAUUCAGCUACUAACCGCUUCCUGUUUUCAGAGAACAUUCAGAUGUAGAAAAGGGAAAAACCCGCUGUUCUGAGUGACGUUGUUAUCUUUGUGUACACACACACACACACACACACACAGACAAUGCUAAACAAACUCACACUCAAGAAUAACCCACAAGAAGAGAUACCAAAUGAACGCCUGUUGACCAUUAGACAGUCCUCUCCAACAGCAUCAAACAUAUGAGGGAAUAUCUUUUGGAAGAAUAGUGUCCAGCGCUCCAGUGACUUUCCAGACAUUUCAAGAAUAAACAUAAAGGAGCAGUAGUGCUGUUCUGGUGGUCCAACACCUUAGUAAGAGGCUUUUUGGUUUUUCUAUUAAUUUGUCCCUCUUCUGUACCUGACAUUCUUCUGUUUAAACCUCCAAUCCAGCCAUACUCCAAA